CUCAUUAUGAUGAAUAUUCAAAUUUGUGACUGUUCAUCUGUGGUCACCGAGCUGUUGUUCCAGAUGGAAUAGGUGACACCAACAACGGCACGAGUACAUGUCAAGUCCAUUGCAGUUUGAUAGACAUUUACAACAAGUGAUUGGAUAUACAUGUGGGUCGAUUUCAAAACAAUAUGGCAGCGUAUGAUGAAGCAUUUGCAAAAUCUGGCCAAAUCCCUGGAUUAGAAAUAUGGAGGAUCGAGAAACUGAAGGUGGUACCACAGGAGUCAUCAACCUAUGGAUCCUUCUACACUGGAGACUCCUACAUUGUUUUAAGUACAAAGGAAGUGCCAAACUCAAACAAGUUCCAGUGGGACGUGCACUUUUGGUUAGGAGACAGCACCUCACAGGACGAGAAGGGCGUGGCCGCCUACAAAACAGUGGAGCUAGACGACAGCCUUGGGGGAGCCCCAGUCCAGCACAGAGAGGUGCAGGAUCACGAAUCUCAGCUGUUUCUAUCCUACUUCAAAAAAGGAAUUAGAUAUUUAGAUGGCGGGGUGGACUCUGGCUUCAAGAAAGUCGAGCGAGACAAGUAUGAGACCCGGCUUCUCCAUAUCAAGGGCAAGAGGAACGUGAGAGUGAGGCAGGUCAAGUGUGACGCCAGUUCCUUGAACCAAGGGGAUGUCUUCAUCCUUGACUGUGGCCUCAUCAUGUACGUGUGGAACGGCCCGACAAGCAGCAAGAUGGAGCGAAUCAAAGCUGCAGAAGUUGCAAAGACAAUCAAAGAUGAGGAGCGAGGUGGGCGAGCCACAAUCAACAUAAUCGAUGACAAAUGGGACUGUGAUCCCAAGUUUUUCAACGCUUUAGGGAGCCUUGUUUCUCAGUGCUCUAUCAAAUCAGCCGACGAAGGGGGCGAUGACAAGGAGUUUGAACGGGUGGCACAAGACACAGUCACUCUUUUCAGAGUGACGGACGCCAGUGGCAAACUGGAAGUGAACGAAGUAGCGUCAAAGCCGCUGAAACGAGAAGAUCUGGACUCAAAUGACUGCUUCAUCUUAGACUCGGGGCCGAGCGGGAUAUACGUGUGGGUCGGGAAGAAGUGCACUCGGAAUGAAAAGAAGUCAGCGUGGCAGAAAGCCACGGACUUCCUGUCCAUGCGAGGGUACCCCGAGUGGACGUCGAUCACCCAGCUGGUGGAGGGAGGGGAGACGCCCCUCUUCAAACAAUACUUCUCCCUAUGGGCACCCCCUAACGCCCAGAGGGGGCUGGGACAGGUCUACAAGACCAAUAGAAUUGCCAAAUACAGCAAUGAGAAAUUUGAUGCCACUGGACUUCAUAAAAAGACAUCCAAAUCCAAGAAGGAUUUCAUCCCCGACAAUGGCUUGGGCACAAAACAGAUCUGGCGAAUAGAACAGAACGCCAUGGUGAUCCUGCCCGAAGAGAUGCACGGCGUGUUCUACACCGGCGACUGUUACAUCGUCCUCUACACCUACAAGGUCGGCAACAGGGAGAGCUACAUCAUCUACUUCUGGCAGGGAAGCAAGAGCACCAUCGACGAGAGGGGAGGAUCCGCAAUACUUGCCCAGCGACUGGACGACAACGAUCUCCACGGCAAAGCUAUACAGAUUCGGGUUGUACAGGGACAAGAGCCUGAGCACUUCCUGCGGUUAUUUCAGGGGAAGAUGAUUAUAUUCUUGGGCGGCAUUAACAACGAAGUGGAAGAGAGCCCAGCUAAGGUGUAUCACAUUCGAGGAACUAAUGAGUUCAACACACGAGCUAUUCAGGUUGUAGCAAGAGCCGCAUCUCUGAACUCAAAUGAUGUCUUCGUCGUGGAGACCGGUGCCGACUUGUAUCUCUGGAUUGGAAAGGGAGCCAGCGAAGAGGAGAGGCAUGUUGCAAGAGACCUCCUGGAUUUCCUCUUCCCAAAUAGAUCAGCAGUGGAAAUUCCAGAAGGCGAUGAACCCGCGGAAUUCUGGGACAUAUUAGGAGGAAAAGAACACUACGCGACCGGACAGAGAUUGGCGACACCAGGCAACGACAUGCCGCCUCGUCUUUUUCAAUGUUCCAACGCUUCGGGCAGGUUCCUUGUAGAGGAAAUCGUCAACUUCAGUCAAGAAGAUCUGGUCGAAGAUGACGUCAUGCUUCUGGAUACGUUUGACGAGAUAUUUGUUUGGAUUGGCAAAGGAGCAAACGAGAUUGAACGGAAGGAGAGCCUCUCAACUGCUAUGGAAUACAUACGCACGGAUCCUGCAGGGCGGACCCCAGACAACACCCUCACCAUGCAGAUCAAACAGGGAUUCGAACCCCCGCAUUUCACCGGCCAUUUCCAUGCCUGGGAUCCCGACAAAUGGAGUCACGGCAAGUCCUACGAGGACAUGAAGAGAGAGCUGGGACAAGAGAACGUGGCAGCCACAAGAGUGCAAGAGGAACUGGCGUGUUAUGAUCAAACGUACACCUUCGACGAACUGACCAAGCGCUUGCCACCGAAGGGAGUGGAUGUUACCAACAAGGAGAAAUACUUGUCAGAUGAAGAAUUCAAGAAGAUUUUCAAGAUUACAAAACAUGACUAUCUCUCCAAACCAAAAUGGAAACAACUCGAGAUGAAGAAGAGGUUUGGGCUGUUUUGAUGUAGAAGACAACAGCCCGGAGCUGGAGGAUGAAUCUUCCUUAUAAGUAGUUCCCACAUGGGCUCAAUAUAUCCAAGCAUGAGACGCCGCACUUAUUAAUCAUGUGUGUCUAAAAAGGCCAAAAUCGCCUGGCUGUGGUUGAAACAUUGACUAUACGAUACAGUUCAGUACCGUUCGUUACUUUCUAUGCAAAGAUUUAUCUGUUGUUUUACCUAAAGCUGACGUUAUGAAACACCUGUUGCUGAAAGUCUUGACUAAUCCUUAUUACACAUAAUAUUAUCUUACCUUUGGUGACUAGAGGAUGUAGCAAAAUAUACAAUUUAUUACACAUUCCAUGGUUUUGCAUUUUUCUACUUUUACUUUUUACCAUAUAUUUUAUUCCAGUCCAUUCAUUAUCCUGACAUUCGUAAAGUACAUUUUUAUCACAUGCCAGAUAUGUUCAACCAAUGGGGAUCCUAGGAGAGACAGACUCAUAUAUACUGACGGCAAAAGAAAAUAUACACCUAUGACUGAUUGUGACUAAAAAUUAACAAACAAGAAAUGGUUAUAGGAUGGUUAUGUAUUUAAUACGGGUAUCAAGGUUAGAUGUCCUUAGAUCAGCAGUGUUUCGGCGACUGUUUUCAGCCUUGUAGUGAGUGAGUGAGUGAGUAUGGUUUUACGCCGCUUUUAGCAAUAUACCAGCAAUAUAACGGCGGGGGACACCAGAAAUGGGCUUCACACAUUUUACCCAUGUCGGGAAUCGAACCAGGGUCUUCGGCGUGACGAGUGAACGCUUUAACCUCUAGGCCACGACCGCCCCUUCAGCCUUGUAACCUUAUUGUAACGUUUAUAAUGUUUUGGUUCAAUGCAAUUUUCAAGUGUAUACUUUCUUUUGCCCGACAGAUUGUCAUGCUUUAUUUCAUACUUUUGCAAUGUUUGAUAAUUAUACCAGACUGUCGAAAAUAUUUAUUAUCCAAAACGAAAAACAACAUUACAAAAAGUGAAAUAUAUCCGUCUUGGCGUUUCUUCAAUUUAAUUUGUCAUAUUUGAUAUGACACACAAGGUAUUCCCAUCACAUAGAUAACCAAGUCUUCUACGUCCAAACACGUAUUCUGACCAACUGGCCCCGUGGUACCAUCGUGUGUAUCCAUCUUAUUUUUCACUGAGGUAACUUUCUACUGACAGUUCUUGAAUAAAACAUUAACUUACUCAUUUACACGUAUGGCCUCUGAAAGUUUUGACAAUUAUUAACUCUUGCUAUGCAUUUAUUUCAAGACAGACUUAUGUGUUUCACGAUCUGUGUUAUUGGACAUUUUAACGUCAUUCCAUUUAUCCCUGUCUUCAUCAGGGCAGCCCCUGGGGGUUGUGUUUUAGAGGUGUUGUGACGAUGCUCAUUGUUUAGAGCUGCCAGAAUAAUGGCACUGAUGCACCAAAGAUUCGUCUUUCUAUCGCGUGUUCUGUUUAUAUUUUUACAGAUAUUAAUUGAGGAUAUGGGAAUUAUACAUUUUUCGCGUUUUGAAAUAAAAUAUAUAUUUCAAUAAA